UUAGUAGGAAGAAGAAGCCGAUUCUGGAAGCCAUUACGUUGCGCACAUCAAUUGAGUAAAUCCUACUAUUUUUGCGUACAAUACGCACAAUUACCUCUCCUAAAGAGGCUUUUCUGGAAUUAUGGCAUCGGUCGCCAAAAAGAGAAAAAUGAAUUUCUCGGAAAGAGAGGUGGAAAUUAUAGUAGAAGAAAUAGAGAAACAAAAGCACACACUGGUUAACCACUUCAAUGCUGGAGUCACCCACAUGGCCAAGAAUAACGCGUGGGUGGACAUACUGAAAAAGGUGAACGCUGUCACCACCUGUCCCCGAGAGUUACCCGAGGUGAAAAAGAAGUGGUCGGACAUGAAGACCGAGGUCCGGCGGAAAGUGGCCCAGGCGCGGGCAGCGAUAGAGGCGACGUCCGCCGACUGCACUCCAGUUCCCGUCAUCCUCACUGCCAUGCAGCAGAGGAUCUGUAACCUCCUGGGGGAGGCCACCAUCAUCAGCUUACCGGCUGGAGACUCGGAUGCUGAGAUAACUUUACCUGUCACGGUCAACACUGCCGCCACCGUCACACUCACAGAGGCUCUUCCAGCUGGUCCAGGGACAGUCUGUGAUGAUGCCAAACCGCUGAAUGCUGAAACAACGUACCACACCCUGGAGGAUGGAGGCGUGGUGGAGUACUGCACCACCACUGUGAGUGACUCCACUCCCACCGUAGUAGCCGCUGUUGAGACUCCGGUGGAGAUGCUGGCUUCAUCUUCUGCCUCUCCGCCUCCACCUCAGAGUCAGGCCAAACCCCAGGAGCUGAAGAGCCGCAUCGCCCUCAACUCUGCCCGCCUACUGCAGGAGCAGAGAGUCACCAAUGUCCACAUCCGGCAGAUCGCCCAGCACCUAGAGGGCCAGAAUGAGCUGCUGCAGAUGAUGCGGCGCUCCCAGGAAGCUCAGGCGUUUGCCCAGGAAAGGCAGGCCCAGGCCCUGGAGGGGACCCAGGCUGCCCUGCUGGCAUUAGUGCAGAUGCUCAGACCAGCCCUGAAAGACCUGCGUAAAUUCCUGCAGAGCGGGACUGAGGUGGCAAACCCCAGCAGCUCAGUAGGAGGAGCACCAGCUGAGGGUGCAGGAACAGAGGAACAGAGCAGGCCCAAAACACCACCACCUCCUCCACAGCAAGCUGAGGAGAUGCAAUAGACACAGUGUGAGUGUGUGUGUAUAUGUGUGUGUGCGUGUGUGUGUGGGCCACAAGAGAUGCCUUAGGAGAAAAUGUAUGUUUGAUGAUUCGGAAAAGCAAAAGCAUUGAAAGGAGUAUUUUGACAACAUUAUUUUUUACUGUCUGGCAGUGAGAUUAUGUUAUUUAAUACAUUGGAUCUGAUAUUGUGAUGUUUUCAAUGCAAAUAUGCCAGAGUUUAUCACCCUGAUGUGGCUUGAACAUUUAACUCUUUAAGUCAUCUAUAGUUGACUUAGAGUGAACAAGAAGUCUGUUUUUUUCAGACCAGAGUCACAUUCAGCUGGUUUCAUCACCAAGCAUGUGCUGUAACCAUCAUGUCCUCAGAAAUGAACAAGAUUUAAGGAAGAAAGAGCAGCCUGUGAUUCCAUACAGGCUGUAGCACUAAUGAUCAACCAGCAGAGGUCAGUAUGUGCACACAAGUUUUAUCAAAGGUGGAUCAGCAGUGUGAUUUAUAUAGGAUGAUUUAAAUACAGUACUUCCUUAAGUAGGAUUUUUACACACUCCAGCUCACAUGGUGUUAAACAAUAAUGUAUGUAAGACUGAAAGCAAGGUCACAAAACAUUUAUUUUUCCACUGUAAAAAACAACAAUAUUAAAACACCCUCUGCCAACAUGAA